GGUCUGUAUUUUAUUUCUUUUUGGAUACCUGCUCCAUCAGCAUCAGCGACGAAAAGGAAACUAUCGACAAGUUCGAGCAGAGCAUCUCUUUGUCUCGUCUCUACCCACAAUUCUCUUUCUCGGCGACCAGCUGCUUCAGCCAAAGUGGGUGUUGUACCGAGUGCAAGUUCCAGUUGCUGCUAGUCAGCAAAAAAGAGAAUCUCAGGUGGAUUUGAAACUGUGAUGCUGAAUGUUCGGACCAACAGGCGGCUUGGGGAUGAAUCCCUCAAUGGAUGAAAUGAACUUACUCCAGCAAGCACAAAGGCAGCAGCUCGUUGUAAGCAACCUUGGGGAAGAGAUCGAUUUAGAAAUUGGACCUGGAGAGGAUGAAGCCGCUUUCGCCACCAGUUCAUUGAUACGGGAGCCCUCCGCUGGGGAACAUGAUGAGACAAAGCAUAUGGUUCUGGUCUCCGACCUGCCGAGCGAGGAUCAGGAUACGUCAAAGGGGCAGACGUCGGCGAAGAGAAAGAAGAAAGUUGUUAAACGGUGGAGAGAGGAGUGGGCUGACACUUACAAGUGGGCUUAUGUUGAUAUGAAGGAUGGAACGGCGAGGAUAUUCUGUUCUGUCUGCAGAGAGUAUGGUAGAAAGCAUAGGAGGAAUCCGUACGGAAACGAAGGGAGUAGAAACAUGCAGAUGAGUGCGUUGGAAGAACACAACAAUAGUUUGCUGCACAAAGAGGCUCUCCGUCUCCAAACGGCUUCCAAAGACAAGAUUGUUGUUGACAAACCCAUUUAUGUGAAGACUCUUAUGUCGAAGAGUGCUGGUUCAAUCGUUGAAGGUGCCCUGAAACGAGAUCCCAAUGAGAUUGAGUUUAUUCAGUCUGUACAAGAAUGUGUGCAUGCUCUAGAGCGGGUAAUUGCAAAAAACUCUCAUUAUGUCAACAUCAUGGAGCGGCUAUUAGAACCUGAACGUAUGAUAGUGUUCCGAGUUCCUUGGAUUGAUGACCGUGGUGAAACACAUGUAAACCGAGGCUUUAGAGUUCAGUUCAAUCAAGCACCGGGCCCAUGUAGAGGAGGUAUUCGAUUUCAUCCAUCCAUGAACUUAAGCAUCGCCAAAUUCCUUGGCUUUCAACAGACUUUGAAAAAUGCUCUGUCACCAUAUAAACUUGGAGGGGCUUCCGGUGGAAGCGACUUUGAUCCUAAAGGAAGAAGUGACAAUGAGAUUAUGAGAUUUUGCCAAAGUUUCAUGAAUGAGAUGUAUAGAUACAUGGGUCCGGACAAAGAUCUUCCAUCAGAGGAGGUUGGUGUUGGUACUCGGGAAAUGGGAUAUCUUUUUGGACAAUACAGACGACUCGCUGGUCAGUUUCAGGGAAGUUUUACAGGACCCCGGAUAUAUUGGGCUGCUUCUAGCCUCAGAACUGAAGCUAGUGGCUAUGGUGUGGUGUACUUUGCACGACUUAUGCUUGCAGAUAUGAACAAAGAAAUUAAGGGACUAAGAUGUGUUGUGAGCGGUUGCGGGAAGAUUGCGAUGCAUGUUGUUGAGAAGCUAAUUGCUUGUGGUGCCCAUCCGGUUACUGUUUCAGAUUCAAAGGGAUAUUUGGUGGACGACGACGGAUUUGAUUAUAUGAAACUUGCAUUCUUGAGAGAGAUAAAAUCCCAACAGAGAAGUCUGAGAGACUAUUCAAAGACCUAUGCAAGGGCGAAAUAUUUUGAUGAAGUGAAGCCGUGGAAUGAAAGGUGUGAUGUGGCGUUCCCUUGUGCUUCUCAGAACGAAGUUGAUCAAGCAGAUGCUAUUAAUCUGGUCAAUGCAGGCUGUCGCUUACUGGUAGAAGGUUCAAACAUGCCGUGUACAGCUGAAGCAGUUGAUGUUUUCAGAAAGGCAAAUGUUCUGAUUGCUCCUGCCAUUGCUGCUGGAGCUGGAGGAGUUGCUGCUGGAGAAAUCGAAGUUCUCCGUGAAUCUAAUUCAAUGCAAUGGUCAGCAGAAGAUUUUGAGUCUAGAUUACAGGAAGCACUGAAGCAGACUUAUGAAAAGGCUCUUAAAGCAGCAAAUGAUUUUGGUUAUCAGAAAGAAAGUCCAGAGGCACUUUUACACGGAGCAACAAUUGCAGCAUUCUUGAACAUAGCUCAAGCUAUGGCAGACCAAGGUUGUGUUUAGCUGUAUAAUGCAUCUUGCAUCUAAGAGUCCUGGUGGGUUUCUGUCUAUAUUGGACUAACUGUAACAUAUUUAGAUGCAUCCUGUGUCAUUAUUUUGAAACUAUAUACUUUGAUAGCAUUAAUAUUUAUCUGCUAUAAACAUAGCUUUCCAUUGCUUUAUA